UUUUUUUUUACCUCAGUGUGGCGCCUCUAUUUGUUUCAGUCAGGGCUUUAUCAGAAAGAAAAGCUAAGCUAGGUAUUUACUUAUUAGCUACGUUACAUGAAAAUUAGCCGAAGUUCAUUAUACACUUGCAAAAAUUCACUCGACUUUAAAAAAAAAAAAAAAAAAAAAAAAAUCAUGCUGAGAAACGGUGUCUCUCUAGGACUGGUGCAGUUUAUGGACCAAGAGGAGCGCCAUCAACUUGGACUAAAUACGCCUUUCCAGCGUCUUGCUCGGCAUAUGCAAGACAUUUUAGGAAAUGGAGGGAUUCGCAAGGAAGUGGUGCGCGAGGGAGAAGGCCCGCUUGUACCGAGAGACGCUUCAGUCAGCGUCCACUUUUCUGGAUUCCUGGAGUAUGCAGAUCAGCCUUUUGAGUCGACGAGGGGCUCAAAAUUUCCCAAAAUGAUGAAGCUAGGAAAAGACGUGACCCUGUGGGGCCUCGAUAUCAGCCUCAGGACCAUGAGGAGAGGAGAGUUCUCUCGUUUUCUCCUGCAGCCCAGGUAUGCCUAUGGAGAGCUGGGUUGCCCUCCGAUCAUCCCACCAGGGGCCACGGUGCUGUACGAGGUGCAGGUCUUCGACUAUCUUGAUUCCGCCAAAGUGGACGAGUUCUUUGCACUUUCACUGGAAGAGCAGAAUUUGGUUCCUCUGUCUAAGCUGCUGAGCGUAGUCGAAACAGAGCGAAGCUUCGGAAACCACUGUUUCAACAAGAGCUACUACGAAGACGCCAAAGACAGAUACAAGCAGGCCAUGAUGUUGCUAAGGAACCGCGAGCCAGCGGAUGAAGAGGAGAGGAAACGUGUGGAGGAGGCGAGCCUACCCUUCCUGCUCAAUCUCUCCUUGACCUAUCUCCGCCUGGAGAAACCUCGCAAAGCCCUGCAGUUCGGCCAGAGCGCUCUGGAAAUCAGCCCCCGUAACACCAAAGCGCUGUUCCGCUGUGGUCAGGCAUGCUUUGAGAUGAACGACUACGAGAAGGCACAAGAUUACCUCACCAUGGCUCAGGCCAGGAAGCCGUUUGACACCGACAUCAACAACUUGUUAAGAAAGCUGGCGCACCGUUACAAUGAAGAGCUGGACAAGGAAAAACACAUGUGCUCCAAAAUGUUUUCUGCUCUCAAAUUCGAGAAGUGAUCAGUAAGUAGGAUCUGUGAAUGUCUGUUGCAGUCAUUUUUACUCACACUUCUAUUUUUGUGUUUCCAAGCCGGUGGGACUCGGAGGUGCAAUUGAACUUCUCACCACGCGAAAGUGUUAUGGAAAAUUUCCAACCCGUUAUAGAUUUAUACACAACUGAAAAACUAUUCAUUUAGUUCAUUUCUUCGUUAUUGUUCCAAAGUUACUUUUUUUCGUUAUUGUUCCAAAGUUACCUAUUGAUUCAGCAAUUUGAAUUAUUAA